AGAAAUGAGAGAUCUAAAACAUAUCAUAUUUCGGUUAGUGAAUAUGUAAAAUGGAUAAACAACCUAGAAAGGUCAGGACUUAAUUAUUAUCGGCACGACAGACAAGUGCAUGGAGCACAAAAAGAGUCCAAAAAAUGUGGCUGCAAGAGCUCCAUAUAUGUCAUGCUUCCUGUAAAUUCACCAACUGUGAUCCUAAAACAUUAUUAUAAACAUGUUAAUCACUACCCCGGCCGAUUAUCUGACUUAUAUACACUCCCUCUUUCCAAUAAUAUCCGCAAAUUCAUUCGACAAUGUGCUUUCGAAGGGCUUGACACCUUUAGUAUACAACGGCUUCUGCGUCAUCGUGCAAUUGAACUGCAAGACCAG